ACGUGACUGAAAAGGCUCAUCACACCUCUAUCUCCUUUCUCACCGGCCAUCGUCUCCCUCUCUCUCUCACCUUCUCACCGUGGUUGCGAUUAGGUCUUCUCAACAUUGGAUUGCUGUAUUGCGUUUUAAAGAACGUGUUGGUGUGUGGUUCUUGCAAGCUUAAAAGUAUGGAUCCGGAAGCUGCUCGAGCUGCACGAGAAUCUCUAGACCUGGCGUUCCAUAUGUCCAAUAUACUUGACACGGGUCUAGACCGUCACACACUUUCGGUUCUAAUUGCACUUUGUGAUCUUGGAGUCAAUCCAGAAGCACUUGCUGCUGUUGUCAAGGAACUAAGAAAAGAGAAGCCCUCGUUAUCAUCAUCACUUCCUGAGGCUCCUUCUUUUCCAUAAAUAAAUAGAUUUUUUUGUUAGAUCUCUUCGAUGUGUGCUGAAGUUCUUUGAUUGUUCUGUUAUAUGACCUUCAUUUGGUGUAGUGGCAUUGCUUUAGUACAAGGUUGAUGCGUUGCAAAUAGAAACUCAUUUGAAGGUUUAUAUCUUUGAGAUUAAGUUUUCACUUGGCCAAAAUAGUGACCUCCAUUCAUGCGCAUAUCUUGACACAUUCCAUUUUCUGG